CCUUGUUCUGACCCACCCCCUAAAGAAUCAAAACAAGAAAAAUUUCUAUGCAAAAAUUUCUCUACACGUUCGUUUCUUUCGUUAUCAGCACCGUACCGUACAUUCCUAAAGAAAAAGUGUGAUGCUAUUCUAAAUUAAAAACACCACAAUUUCCACUAAAAAAUCUUCAAUUAUGAAUGGUUUGAUUGUUUUCAACAAUGCCAACGACGUGGUCUAUCAGAAAUUUAAUAAAAAGUUACAACAUCACUUUUUGGACAAGGCCAUCGACCAGGGAUUGCUGCCGGAGGAUUUCGUAAAGGAGAGUUGCGGUAGGAAAAUCGAUCAAAAUGUUCUGGUGCAGCUGUUUAGCCCGCUCAUAAAUUCACAGCGUAUUAUGCAUUGCCAGUUCGAUAAUUGCUAUGCCAGUAUCCAAUGUGAAGAGGAUUUGAAUUUGGUGUUUGGUGAAGUGCUGGGCUAUCAAUUCAUAAGCAUAGCUCAAGAGAAGUUGGAGUUAAUGCAGCGACGAAUGGGUGUGGUCAUUGCUUUGGCCAAAGCCUGCUAUGGACCAAAUUUGUUUGCCAGCGAUGUCCAGGAAGAAUUGUUUACCACCUGUGUGGAGUGUUAUGAGGAGGAGAUACGUGACACCGAUUUGAUACUACAAGUUGAAUCUUUGCCGCGUUUGAUAAUCAAUGCGGAAUUGCGAAGGGCUGUCAAGGGUAGCUUGGAUAGAGCCUUAGAUUGUCUGCGGGAUGGUGGUCACUUGAAGUGCCAUACUUUGAUGUUUGUUGGUGUGAAAUUUGUGGCCAUCAACUCAAGCAAGUCCGCAUUACCAUUGAGUCCCUCUGAUUUGCUGUUCCUUGCCUUACUUAUACGAGCCUUGCAGCGAGACUCUAGAGGUUUAAACAAAACAAUGGCCAUAUUCCUGCAAGGCGUCGCACAAGAUCCCCAAUCGGGUUGUGUGCCGUGUAUUGCCCAUUUAAAUACCCUAAAUAAAGGUGUGGUACUUAUCCAACUGGUGGAAUAUGCUCCUCUAUCGGUGGCCAGCAGUUUAUAUGAUACAUUUUUUGUCCUGCAGAAAAUCGUCUCCAUACAAAUGCAAGGAGAUGCAGAGGCAUUAAAGCCAACAUAUGAAUCACUGGAAACAUUUGUACGCCAGUCCCAGGAAGCCUAUAAAAAGGCGAAAAUAAAAGGUGAUGAUGUGGAAAGUUGUUUUAAGAGAUUCUCUGCCAAAUGGGAAAAUCUCAAGAAAAUGUAUCAUGAGUUCCUCAAGACGUAUGAAAAGGAUUUAAUAGUGCGUAUCGAAUCGAACAUUCCCUCAUUCCAUGAAGAUCUCAAACAAUUAUUUAUGCUGACAUGCUGUGACUCGUCGGCCGUGAAUUUUCAACAACUUCCCGAAGUUGCAGCUGUUGUGGAGGGCAAGCUUUUGGAAUUCUCCGAAUUUCUUGCAGUAAAGGCCGAUAGGAAUAUCACCAUUGAAGCCUAUCUUGAAGACUUUCCCGGCCUGAUACAUUUCAUAUACAUCAAUCGUUCUUCGGGUCUUAUGAUCUCACCGGAUUUGAAAACCUCCAAUCCCCUGAUACCGAAGGAAAAACUUUUCGAUAUGUUGGAAUUUUCCAGACAACAUCUAAAGAAGGGCCAUGCCUCGAUUAUGUGGAAGGACAAAUCAUUUAAUUACGCCUACUUUCUAUGGUUUGAGGAUCAAUCAACGGGUUCCUCGAAAUCCAUUGACUUGGAAAGACAUUUGAAUUUACCCUCAGCAAAUGCAGCUAAUUCAUUUAAACCAAAUUUUGAACCUGGUCUCUUGGCUGGUGACUACUAUCAGCUGUUGACAGAAAUAUGUUUCCCAAAAACGCCUGUACAUAAAAUCAAAUGCUACGAAUUGUUUUGUGUCCAUUUGGGUUUGGUCACCGCCACAUGUGCUGUUGAACAUGCCCGCCGCCUGGUGGCCACCAUAGCAGAUGUGGUAGGAGAUGACGCAUUCUAAAGGAGAGAUGAAGUAGCAGCGUCUGAAGCAGCAUUUAAUGAGACGAAGGAAAGAAAACAAAAAAGACUUAUGCAAUCCAUUUUUAUUAUUUAUUUAUAUACCUACCUACUUGAAAUAAAGUGCAAUAUUUAUUUAAA